UGUCUGUCUCUGAGCGUGAAUGGACGUAUUUUGCAGCUUGUGUCUGUAUGAGUGUAUGACUUGUGUUCAGGGUAAACACAGACAUUCAAACACUGACACCAUAUACUCCCACUGAAUUCGGUGAAGACUAACAGCACGUCGAUGUAGGGGGCCGGUACGUGUGUUAGUACAUGUACUAGGGAGGACUCAGGCACAAAGAUUCAAGAUGUAUAUAAAGAUAAUAAUCAUCAGCUUGCUCGUGUUGCUGUUUCAACAUUGUGUCAAGAUAUAUUUCCUGAUGGGUUUUAACAAGCAUAUAUUCAACCAUUACCCAGGCCCUUGUCAUCAAGUGGAAGGAAUGGGUUUUGGAUCAGAAGACAUGCACAUGUUGCCAAAUGGGAUGACAUUUAUUACAUCAGGUUUCCGACAAUCUGAAAACCCACGACACUUUGAGAAGUUUUAUGCACAAAACAACAUCAAGGGGAGGAUCUACUUGUUCAACAUGAAGAACCCCAGGAAGGUGGUGCAGGAGAUGACGCUGACGUCCACGGAGGACUUUGACAAGGACAAGCUGCAGCCGCACGGCAUCAGUGCUUGGGAGGACAAGACGUCAGGCACAGUGUACCUAUUUGUUGUCAACCAUGAACGGGAUGGACAGGAGAAGAUCGAGAAAUUCCAGGUGUUGUUUGAUAAACUUGCACUGCAGCAUGUGAAAUCCUACUACGGUGAUCCAACACUGAAACAGGUAAAUGACAUUGUUGCCACCAGUGAAGACAGCUUCUUCUACACCAACUACCUGACAACUUCGAGCUACAUUGGCCGGAUACUGGAAACCCUUGCCCUGAUGCCGUGGGCAGAUGUGGGCUACUUCGAUGGUACCGCAUAUCGCAUAGUGGCUGACGGGAUCAUGAUGGCUAAUGGUAUUCAUAUGUCCAGAGAUGGAAGGUUCGUGUAUGUUGUUGCCAGUUUGGGCCAUGAGUUGAGGAUAUACGAGAGAAGAAACGAUAACUCUUUACACUUGAGAGAGAUCUAUCCCCUUCACUCAGCUCCUGACAAUAUUAUAGUUGAUCCUGUCACAGGCGACCUCUACAUAGGGCUCCACCCCAUUGGCUACCAGUGUAUGGCUCACCUCGACGACCCUUCUGUCAGGGCACCGUCACAGGUCCUGCAGAUCAAGCUGAAAGAUGGUUCUGUGUCCUCUGUGACAGAACUGUUCGUUGAUGACGGAAACCUGAUAUCAGCUUCAACUGUGGCAACUGUUUACAACAAGAAGAUGCUGAUUGGCUCUUUCCUCGACAAGCUUGUUUAUUGUGAUGUUGACGUGCCUCUCUAGAAAUGUGACUGAAACUGCAUUCCAUUCUGAUAUUUUUUUUAUCCUUUCGAAAUAUUGACUAAGUUUUUUGCUCAUAGGUUGGGGUUGGAAAAAAAAGGAUUUUACAUUCAAAAGUCUAUAUUUUGUCUAUGACUUAAGUGUUAUACAUUCAUUGACUUGUUUGUGUACAUAUUAUGUUUGCUAUCUAAUUCUUUGGAAUUACGCUCCUUAUUAAUCUGCAAAUCUCACACAGCAGCCAUAAUUUAUUAAUAAUGGACUCAGUUUCAUUUAUUGAUCAGUUUCCUCAUCUCCCAUGCCUCAAGCUCUAGAUGUGAAAAGACGGGUGUUCCAUGACAUUCCUCCUCGUGCAUAAUAGUAGCAUUACCUUGACUCUUGUCUCUUUCUACAAAAGAUCAGGAAGAUAUUUCCAGUUAUUUACGUUUAUAUUUGAUUUUAAGUGCCAGAUUUAUAUACAUGUAAGUGUACUUUGUUGUGCAUCUGUAAGACAAAGACUAUUUGGAAUACACAUCUAUCUCAAAUGUUGGUGCAAGUUUUUAGAAAAUGAAAACGUUUGUGGUGUGAACCAUAUUUGCUCAAACUGAAAAGUAUGUGACUUUUACCUGUAUUAUACACAAGUGAAGAUUUAAUGCAAGAAAUAUGUUUGUAUUGCAUAUUGCAUAUGUACAGUAUAUGAAUGUUCUGCAUAUUUCAUAUGAAAGGCAUAUGUCUGUUCUCUCAGGAUUAUUUUAAAUACUGUAAAUCUUGAAAUUAACGUGAGCGUGAAUUUAAUGCGAAAAAUGUGAGCGGUCUUUGCUUGCAUUAAUUAACUUCGCAUUUCCAAAAUAACCAUCAUUAAUAAGACGGCCUCACUGCACGCUUUGGAUAGCGGAAAAACCAACUUGAAUAUAAACACAAACACAAACACGGUUUAUUGAGCAGCAGUUGUAACAAGUAUAUGACAAUGUCAUUCAAAGAAUGGGAAUUACACAAUGGGCAUCCGCUGAGUUAUCACUGCUGGGGUCAAGAGUUCUACCCACUCGUGUCAAGCUUGUUGAUACCUUCUCUGCAUAUCAAUCAGUGAACUGUUGUUGGUUCAAUUAUUUUAUUGCCUUUGAACUUCCUUAAUGCCAGUCAACAUAUAAACUUUGUGUAAAUUUUUAUUGUUUUUACGGAAGUGCUCUACUCAGUGCUAAUAAG